AUGAACACGGGUAACAAGGACUUUCGAGACCAGCUGGGCAAGUUCCGGCUGGAGUCGAUGGGCGGACCUUCUCCGACUUGGUCGCAACCCACGCCCACUGCCGACCCCGUUUCUGCCCUCGCCUCCACUCCAGCUUCGCGCAGCAAGCGCGUGUCCACGGCCUGCGACUUCUGUCGCAAACGAAAGAAGAAAUGCGACUUUCGAUACCCUAACUGCUCCGCCUGCACCCGUGCCGGAGUCCGCUGCACCAUCCCCCCACCUGGUCCACAACUCACCAACACUUCCGUGCCCCGAGAUCAGCUGGAGAACCUACAAAAAAGAGUACAAUGGCUAGAAGAGGUUGUGCGCCGGAAGUCAGGUAUCGCGGUCACCGACUUGGCCACCGGCACCCCGGUGGAUGGUGAGGGCGACCCAAAUUGGUGGUAUCAGGUGCCGGCCAUGAUCGCGACUGGCGGUCGCGUCUCGGCGGCUUCAAUACCCAGUCCAGCUGGCAGCGGGGGCUCAUCGGCGACCGCGGCGCCGCCGGCGUCUGAAUCAUCAACGGGCGUGGGGACCGAGCUGCCAAAUGUGGGCGAGAUCUUUCGCGAUCAGCUGGAGCAUCGUCGGCCCUCGGUGGCGCGCCCUUCUGCUGCCCCGCGUGUGCUGCGUUUGUCGUCACUGGAAGCAGCGACACAGGUCGCCGGGCAGUAUUUCGACAGCAUGGGUUAUCAAUACCCGUUCAUGUCGCGCCCCGAGUUUAUGAAUCACUUGCGCCACAUCUACAGUGGUGACGUGCCGUCACCCGAGGUGCACAACAUCUACCAUAUUAUCAUGGCAAUCUCCUUAUUGAUUGGGUCCGCCGAUCCAACAGAAGCGGCCGAGUUCUACCAUGCGAGCCAGGAGACCCUGCCGUCAGCCUUGCAGAAUGAGGAUCUGCCUGCCAUGCGGGCUUUACUGGGCGUGGCACUUUACACCAUGUUUGCAACGUCAGGACCUAGUAUCUGGCAUGUGCUGGGAGCGGCCAUGCGACUGGCUAUUAGCCUCGGUUUGCACAAGGCGCGAGUUUACGAGAGUGUUGCGGAGGAAGAGAUGGCCAAGCGCGCGUUUUGGAGUCUGUACAACCUAGAUCGUCUCAUUGCGAGCACGCUCGGUCGACCACUCGGGAUCGCGGAUGACGAUAUCAGCGUGAGUCUUCCACGGGAGCUCAAUGAUGACGGGACUGAAGCUCCGGGUGCCAGUGCGAUGACGAUCCCGCUGCAGGUGAUUCGUCUUCGCCGGAUCUUUUCGCGCAUUUACCGAUACUUGUACAGCAGCCUUCCAAGGCCUUCUUCAAGUGAGAUUGGGGUAACACUGGGUCAAUUCCGCCGCGAAGUGGAUGAAUGGCGCGUGUCAGCUCCGGUUUAUCCUUCAGCACUCCUAUAUUCCACCUCCUACUACGACUACUUGUACUAUACCACCCUUCUUCUUAUGUAUCGCCCGAGUCCACGGAAUCCCACCCCCGAUGUGACCAGUAUCGUUAGCUGUGGCGAUUCCAGCAUCCAAGUUAUUCGCUCAUACUGGGACAGCUUCUCCGUUGGCAAACUGAAAUGGAUCUGGCUAACGCUCAGCCAAGUUUAUUUCGCCGGCAUCACCAUUUUGUGGUGUCUGGAACAGAAUGCUCGCUGUUUGCGUGAAUUCCGGCCCACGCCAUGGAAUCCGGACGAGCAGAUGAUGCGUCGUGGGAUUCAAGCGGUUAUUGUGCUAUUAGAAGAAUUUGGCAAGCGGCGGCCAGGGGUUGACCGACUUGCUGAGACAUUCCGUCACCAGAGCACAAUGAUAUUCAGCCAAAUGGCCUAUCAACAGCAGCAAUUAGAAGAGCAGCAGAGACACCAGCAACAACAGCAGCAACAGACACAACCUCUUAUGCCACCUCAAUCCUCAAUAUCAUUGGCCCCACCACCGGCGCCUCCUGUUCCAUUGGCUCCUGUUCUGGACGACGUUCUUUUAGUCGAUGCCAGCGGAGCCAUGCCUAUGGUCGACCCACAAAUGGCGGAACAACUGUUUUACUCUUACAACUGGUUCCAAGAAGAAAUGGCGACUUAUUAUACCCUUUGA